AUGCCGUCGCGGAGCCUCAAGCCAGGUCCGCACAGGCAGCACUGCCAGAACGCGGCCGUCGUCAAUGUGUUUCUCGCGCCGUUGCAUUCAGCAAGGUCAAGAACCUCUAGGACGCCCCGCAUCCGACUUCAGAACCGCAACUGGAAAUGCUUCCGCCUCCACACUAGCUUUGGGUGCGAUCAGGGGCAAGCACUACGGGAUAAAUUCACGACCAAGAAUGGCAAAGAUAACCAGGCUUACGAGCGCAGUCAUACGCGCUUUGUCACUGACACGGUCGGAUUACCGUUGUCCCAGUUCAGAAGUACGAAGGCGCUCGCCAUGGCUAUCCGGGACGCUAUCAAGGGUCACCAGCUGAUGAUAGAGUGCGAUGGAAUACUGCAUCGGGAUGUCAGUAGCGCUAACAUUCUCAUCGUCGAGGAGUCGCAGGAGCAUCCAUCCUCGAUGGGAAUACUGCAUGACUACGAUUGCAGCUCGACGACGCUCUCACAGGGAACAUAUUACUUCAAGGCUCUAGCUCUGGUGAACCCGCUCGUUACGGUGGCCGCCCAUGAUUCCCACCACGAUCUUGAAUCCUUCUUCUGGGUCCUCCUCUGGAUCAUCCUCCGCCACACCAAGCACGAGCACGAGAGCGGAGAGCGAGCGUGUCAAUUUACAUUUCACUAUGGAGAGGACGCGCUCGCGACCAUGGGCAAGAAAGCCUGGCUCGAUCGGAUAGACGACAACGACGUGGUCCUCGUCAUCACCAGCAACCCACCCCUCACUGCUCUCCUGAGCGACUUCCAUUCACUCGUAUGGAAGGCUAACAAGGGAAUCAGAACAGACCGCGUCCCUCUCAGCUACAAGACUGUCCUUGACGUCUUCGACGCCGCCAUCGAGCGGGAAGACUGGCCUGUCGAUGACGCAGCGAUCCCAUACGCGCUGACCAGCACGCCAUGGGACAGCCUGAUUCCUACCAGACCGCAGGAAUCUCAAGACCAGGUCGGCGAUAAGCGGUCCCGUACCCUCGAUUACGACGGCGUGCAGAGCGACUCCGAUGACCAGGUAAAGUCGAUGAUGUCGCUGCACUCGAGCGCGUCCGCCAUGGCGGCGAAGCGUCCGAAGACAAGUGAUUCCUGCCAAGCUCGGCAGUAA